UAGAAUAAACAUUAUAUUAAGAAUAAUGACUGACAGUCUCCAGUCUUAAAACAACAUCAGGACCGGACCUGCGGCAUUACCGAGCAUCACUAGUUGUAAUAUAUUACUGGGUUUGUGGCUGUGUAUCACUACUCAAGCUGUCAAUUUUUGUUUCCUCUGCUUCCUUUAGAGGCUGAAGCUAGUAUAGUUUAGUCAGUAGUCAUGUUAGCUAUCUCCUUGGCUGUCACCCACUGCUGUUUCUUCUCUGCCUUCACCUUAGGUGAUCAGCCAGAGGACUUUGCAUCAAUGUUGCGACUCAUUGCAACAUCCCUGUGCCUCCGGUGCCAGCCUGUCAUAGCUCUACCUUUAAACUGCAGACCAUGUGUGACACUGAGCCAAGCAGAGAACCAGCAGACCGUGGAGGCUCUCUACGAUCUCUCUGUGGACAUCCAGAAGGUCCGAAAACUUAAAGGCUGGGUCUUGCAUCAGAGUCCAGCCUACACUAAAGAGGUAGCAGGUCUGCUGAAGGACAUGGGGGCUUCGGGGUCCAUCAUCGCCCGGAUCUUAGCAGUUCACCCUGAGGCAGUACUCUGUAACCCGGAGCAGUUGCAGACUCAGAGGGAGCUGUGGAUAUCUGUUUGCCCUAACCAGAAAGAGCUGGUUGGUAUUAUUGAGAAAUUCCCGGCCUCCUUCUUCACCUCCUCCAGCCACCACAACAACCAGCGCGACAACAUUGCUUUCUUCCAGAGCUUAAACCUCAACAAGCGGAUCAUCACCAAGCUCAUGGCCAGUGCUCCACAGAGCUUCAGCCGGCCAGUGGAACAGAACAAGGUUAUGGUCUGCACCCUCCAGCAGGCCUACCAGGAGCUCGGUGGAGAGGAGGCCAACAUGAAGAUCUGGCUUCAGAAGCUUCUGAGCCAGAACCCCUUUGUUCUCCUCAAGCCCCCUGAGGUGCUGAGAGAGAACAUGCUGUUCCUGAGAGACAAGGGCUUCAGCACAGCGGAGCUCCUCCGACUCCUCUCCAAGCUCAGGGGCUUUGUCACUGAGCUCAACCCGGACAGCAUGCAUCGCACUCUGGCAUACUCUCACAACACCAUGGGCUGCUCCGAGGCAGAGCUGCGGGACAUCAUCCUCAACUGCCCAGCUCUGCUUUAUUACCCUGAAGUUAUUCUGGCUGAGCGCUUUCAGGGCCUCCUCAGUGCCGGGAUCAGCAUGUCUCAAAUCAUAGAGACUCCCACUGUUAUGGAGCUGACCACGCAGAUAAUCAAUUAUCGCUUGCAGAGACUGAAGGCACAUGGUUAUGAUGUAAGGACAGGUAGUCUAGAGGUCCUUAAUGGCACUAAGAAGGACUUUGAGAUGAGCUAUGGAAAACUGCAACUACGUAGAGAAAGACCUCUUUUUAACCCUGUCGCCCCUUUAAAAGUGGAUGACUGACAUGUGAAUAAAUGCAAGUGAAUUACAACUGUAACUCAAGAUAACUCUAACUCCUCUAAUUCAGUGUGUUUGAACAAAUUACAUUGAUGCCAUUUACACUGAAUAUUGUCUGUUAAAAUGCAUGAAACUUCAGAAAAUAAGCUCAAAACACAUAAUUAAAUGGGUUGACUAAAUUUCAGCUUUUUUGAUGAGGUAAGGACUGUUAUUAGGUAAAUGUCACUCACACUGAAAAAAAGUUGCACACUCUGGCUCCAUAUGCUUUUCUCUUUUUAUUUAGAUGACGUCUUGAGUGUGCAAAAGUUUUUUCGUACUCUCAAGUCUACUUCCAGAGAUCAGCUCUUCACUACAAUCCUUGGUGUGCAUCA